UCCUCUCUACGAUCAGUACUGCAAGGACCAUUUCUCCGACGGCAACUGUGACAAGGGCUGCAACAGCGCCGAGUGCGAAUGGGACGGCCUGGACUGUGCCAACCACGUGCCCGAGAGGCUCGCCGACGGCACCCUGGUGAUUGUGGUCCUCAUCCCCCCCGACGUCCUGAGGAACAACUCUCUCAACUUCCUGCGGGAGCUCAGCCGGGUCCUGCACACCAACGUGGUUUUCAAGAAGGACGCCAAGGGGGAGUCCAUGAUCUUCCCUUAUUUCGGGAAUCCGGAAGAGCUGAAGAAGCACCGCAUCAAGAGGUCAGCGGACGGCUGGCCGGACGUGUCUGAAGUGGUGGUCAGCGUGACGGAAGCUCUCCACUCGACACUCAGCCGGAGGCCAAAGAGAGAGAUGGACCAGGUGGAAAUCUACGGGUCUAUCGUUCACCUGGAAAUCGACAACCGGCAAUGCAUCCAGGCCUCCUCUCAGUGCUUCCAAAGUGCCAACGACGUAGCGGCAUUCCUGGGCGCCUUGGCCUCCAGCGACAGCUUGAAGUUUCUCUACAAGAUCGAAGCCGUGAAAAGUGAAACCGCCGACCCCCCCAGGAGCAGCCAGUGGUAUCCUAUGUAUGUGGUGGGACCGUCUCUCUUUCUCCUCUCCUGCAUUGGCAUUGGCGUUUUGGCAACCCGCAAGCGGCGCAGGGAACAUGGGCAUCUCUGGUUCCCGGAAGGCUUCAAAGUGAACGAAUCCAGCAAGAAGAAGCGCCGGGAACCGCUGGGAGAGGAUUCCGUGGGGCUGAAACCCUUGAAAAAUGCUUCCAAUGGGACCCUGAUGGACGACAACCAGAACGAGUGGGGAGAUGAAGAGACUCUGAACACCAAGAAAUUCCGAGUCGAGGAACAGGUCAUGCUGCCCGAUGACCAGGCUGACCACAGGCAGUGGACGCAGCAGCAUCUGGACGCAGCCGACCUGCGCAUUUCCUCCAUGGCCCCCACCCCACCCCAGGGGGAGAUUGACGCCGACUGCAUGGAUGUUAACGUUCGAGGGCCAGAUGGAUUCACGCCCCUGAUGAUCGCCUCCUGCAGCGGAGGAGGGCUGGAGACGGGCAACAGCGAGGAGGAGGAGGACACCCCGGCUGUCAUUUCGGAUUUCAUCUACCAGGGAGCCAACCUGCACAGCCAAACGGACCGCACGGGAGAGACGGCUCUCCACCUGGCCGCCCGUUACGCUCGCUCGGAUGCUGCCAAGCGGCUGCUGGAAGCCAGCGCCAACGCCAACAUCCAGGACCACAUGGGCAAGACGCCCCUUCACGCAGCCGUGUCUGCAGAUGCCCAGGGCGUCUUCCAGAUCCUGAUCCGGAACAGGGCCACCGACUUGGAUGCCCGCAUGCACGACGGGACCACCCCUCUGAUUUUGGCUGCCCGCUUGGGGGUGGAAGGCAUGCUGGAAGAUCUCAUCAGCUGCCAUGCCGAUGUCAAUGCUGUGGAUGAUCUAGGGAAGUCUGCCCUGCACUGGGCCGCAGCCGUGAACAACAUGGACGCUGCCCUGGCGCUGCUGAAGAACGGUGCCAACAAGGACAUGCAAAACAACAAGGAAGAGACGCCCUUGUUCCUGGCGGCCAAAGAAGGCAGCUACGAAACGGCCAAAGUCCUGCUGGACAGCUUUGCCAACCGCGACAUCACCGAUCACAUGGACCGCCUGCCCCGGGACAUCGCCCAGGAGCGCUUGCACCACGACAUCGUCCGCCUCCUGGAUGAGUACAACCUGGUGCGGAGCCCCCCCAUGCACAACGGUGGGCCUCUGGGGGGCCCCACCCUCUCUCCGCCCCUCUGCUCGCCCGGCAGCUACCUGGGCAACCUGAAGCCGGGCCUACAGGGCAAGAAGGCCCGGAAGCCAAGCACCAAAGGGCUGAGCUGCAACGGGAAGGAGCCGAAGGGCCUCAAGGCCCCCCGGAAGAAGUCGCAGGAGGCCAAGGCCUGCCUGCUGGAUGGCUCCGGCGUCCUCUCCCCGGUCAACUCCCUGGAGUCUCCACAUGGCUACCUGUCGGAUGUGGCCUCCCCGCCUCUGAUGACCUCCCCCUUCCAGGCCUCCCCUGGCAUGUCCCUCAACCACCUGCCCGGAAUGCCGGACGGCCACCUCAGCAUCAGCCAACUCAACCUGGUCGGCAAGGCAGAUCUGGGCCCGAUGCAGCCCUUUGAGCAGCCGGGGGGCCCUCCUCGCCUCUCCCACCUGCCCGUCUCCAGCGCCAGUGCCCUCCUGGGCAGAGCCUCGCUCAACUUCACCGUCGGCGGGAGCCAGUGUGAGUGGCUGAACCGCCUGCAGAACAGCCUGGUGCCCGGGCAAUACAACCCGCUGAGGAGCGCCCUCCCGCAGGGCACACACCCAGCCAGCCAGGCCCUGCCCCAUGGGCUGCUGGCUUCCCUGCACAACAGCCUCCCCGGCACAAAUCUGGCCCCCAUGAUGGCCUACCAAGCGGUCCCCGGGGGCCUCCUGCCCGGCCACUCCCAGCCACACCUGCUGCAACCCCAGCAGCCGCAGCAGCAGCAGCAGCAGCAGCAGCCGCCCCCUCCGCAGGGCCACGGCGGGGCCACGAACACUGCCCCCCAAGUGGGUUCCAGCUUCCUGGGGAACGAGCUGAGCCAGGCGGAGCUGCAGCCAGCAAUGAACAGCGGUGCUUUGGCAGUCCACGCCAUCCUGCCCCAGGACACCCAGGUGCUGGCGACCUCCCUGCCCCCCGGCCUGUCCCAGGCUCUGGGCACACCCCAGUUCCUGACUCCGCCUUCCCAGCACAGCUACCCCUCCCCCAUGGACCACACACCCAGCCACCCACUCCAGGGGCCCGACCACCCCUUCCUCACGCCCUCGCCGGAGUCGCCGGACCAGUGGUCAAGCUCCUCCCCCCAUUCCAAUCUCUCAGAUUGGUCGGAAGGCAUCUCGAGCCCGCCCACCAGCGUGCAGCCCCAGGUGGUGGGGCGCAUCCCGGAAGCUUUCAAGUAAAGGGGGGAGCUGGUUGCACCUGAGCUGCCCUAUAAGAUGGCUGAACUGGAGAAAUCCCUUUUUUCUUCCUCUUUUUUUUAAAAAAAAAAUAUUUUUGCAUACAUUGUAAGUUGGAAACUUCACCGCGUUCUUCCUCUUCUUGUAGUAUUUAUUUAUGUACUUUUAUGUGAAAACACUGCCGCUUUAUUUAUAUGUUGUGUUAAGAAUUCCAUGGGCUGCAUUUACUAUUCGAAGAAAUAGAAGG